GCUCGGCGGCAGCGGCGGGGACGAUGCCGGUCCAUUCUAGGGAGAAAAAGGAGAACAACCAUGACGAGAUGGAGGUCGACUAUGGGGAGAAUGAGGGCAGCAGCUCCGAGGAGGAGGAGACCGAGAGCUCAUCUGUGUCCGAAGAAGGGGACAGCUCAGAAAUGGAUGAUGAGGACUGUGAAAGAAGACGAAUGGAGUGUUUAGAUGAGAUGUCCAAUCUUGAAAAGCAAUUUACAGACCUGAAAGAUCAACUUUACAAAGAAAGAUUAAGCCAAGUGGAUGCAAAACUACAAGAGGUCAUAGCUGGGAAGGCGCCUGAAUAUUUAGAACCGUUGGCAGCUUUACAAGAAAAUAUGCAAAUCCGAACCAAGGUGGCAGGUAUCUACAGAGAGCUUUGUCUGGAAUCUGUGAAGAACAAGUAUGAAUGUGAAAUCCAAGCCUCUCGACAGCACUGUGAGAGUGAAAAACUUCUGUUGUAUGAUACUGUGCAAAGUGAACUAGAAGAGAAGAUUAGAAGACUUGAAGAAGACAGGCAUAGCAUUGACAUUACCUCAGAAUUAUGGAAUGAUGAGCUGCAGUCCAGGAAGAAAAGGAAGGAUCCGUUUAGUCCAGAUAAGAAGAAACCUGUUGUUGUAUCAGGCCCCUAUAUAGUUUAUAUGUUACAAGACCUUGAUAUACUUGAAGACUGGACAACAAUAAGGAAGGCAAUGGCUACGCUGGGGCCACACAGAGUAAAGCCGGAACCACCUGUCAAACUAGAAAAGCAUCUACACAGUGCUAGAUCUGAAGAAGGAAGACUUUAUUAUGAUGGAGAGUGGUAUGGACGUGGACAGACAAUAUGCAUUGAUAAGAAAGAUGAAUGUCCUACAAGUGCCAUAAUUACAACAAUUAACCAUGAUGAAGUUUGGUUUAAAAGACCAGAUGGAAGCAAGUCCAAGCUGUAUAUUUCUCAGCUACAGAAAGGAAAAUAUUCAAUAAAGCAUAACCACAACUGACCGUUGCUAACCAAAUGUGAAACAAGUGGUAUUGCCGUGCUUGAUGUGCCAUGGGGUGAA